UUAAUUCAAAUGGAUGAAUUAAUGCAAGAAGAACAACGACUAAGACGUGCUAUCUCACAACGUGAUGGUCUUUUAGGCAUUUUACUACAUCAAACUAUUGAUCAUAAUCCAGAGAAACCAGUUCCUAUUCCAAAAGAUUUGAAGUUGACAUCAUUGAAAAUUGAUGAACAAUCAAGUAUUUGACUUGUUUUUUCUACCAAAACCUUCACUGUAUUAUUGUACAUAAUUAACUAACUAAAAUGCAUUGAUUUCUUUUUUUGUAUAAAAUUUCUCUUCCAUUGACUUCUCUCUGAUUGAUUUCUUCUUUUUUUUUUCUGAAAAGAUAAAUUUACUUGUUUGCUGUAUUAAUAUCAUUCUGUUUAUUCUUUUUUUGUCUUGUGUCUGCCCUAGUGGCUAUUCAAAAUUCAAUGUUUUCUUAUUUUUGC